AUGGCCUUCCCCUUCCCAACCUUCACCACCCCCUUUCACUCCACCGCUUACCCGUCCAUCUCCCCUACCAACCCCGUCCUCUCCGCAGCCAACAAGACCAUUCUUAUAACCGGCGGUGGAUCCGGCAUUGAAAAAGCCAUUGCCAUCGCCUUCGCCGCCGCAGGUGCCCGCGCCGUGAUCAUCCUCGGCCGAACCGUCUCCACCCUGAUCUCUACGGCAGCAACAGCCUCUGGGCAUGUGACAGCGACCAGAUCUUUCGUCGCUGACAUUCGCGAUGCGGACGUGCUGUCCAAUGCUGUGAAGAGUGUGCGAGAGGAGUUUGGUGGCGUCGACGUCUUCGUCGCGAACGCUGGCGAUCUCUACAUGAGCACCAUCGCAUGA